CCACGUGGUGACAAAAACGUCUGCUCAGACCCUUGAGUACAUCAUAUUGGACGCCAUCCUUGUUGCUGCCAACACAUACAUACAUACAUACAGGCUAGAGCUAUAUUCGUCUCGCUUAUGCCAUGGAUUCCUCGCAGGCUGCAAGCAAGCGAAUGUCUGCAAUUCCCAGACCCGGCGCCAGCAAACUACCGCAGCUCAAUGCGCGCCCUGCUCCGGCUGCCGGAGGCCUGGCUCCGUCGACUCGUCCUGCACCAGCAACAAACCCAGGCAGAGGCGUUGCGGCUGGAAUCCAUCCUCCUGCUGUUGCUGCCGCUCCAAAAUCUUCACUACAAGCUUCGAGACUUACGAAGCGGAGCUCUAUUGCACACCUACCUCGUGCAACUGCUGCGGCGGCCAAAGAUUCCAGCAGCCUGCAGAAAUCCACAACUACAAGGACCAAUGGACUUCAUAGCACGGCUCAAGCUCCCAAGGCUUCCAAUGGACAGAGGGCACCCCCUACUGCUCGUGCAGAGAACGAGCCGCGGUCGCUGCGCGCGCCCGAAGGCGCACGCGGUCUCUCACGUCAGAGGUCCCGAGGCCGCGAGGACCUCCGCGAGGAAGAGCCCGCGGAGACGCUCAGCCCGGUAAAGCCUCGAAUUUCGAAGCCAUCGAGGCCUUCGUUGUCUGACAGAACGAUUGAGAGCUUGCAUGCUCUUCCUUCCACACCUAGAGCCUCACGGCAGUCGGAUUUCUUCAGUCCUGGUGGCUCGCCGAUGACCCUUGCUGGAAGGCCGAAAUCCAGUCUGAGCCGAACUGACAGUAUUACUAAUGGGCCUGGUACAAACUACAAUAAUGCAGGCGAGAGGUCAUUGUCACCAUCCAAGAGGAUUUCUGCAAGUGCAAAGCCCGCGACGCGCAUGUCACUAGGAGGAUCUGGUAUUCCUAUGGGUGCCGGAAACCGUCGUAGUAUGAGCAUUCCGUUCGCGACGAAGCUUCAAGAAGUGCGAAGCUCUCUGCGGCCGAGUCAGCGCUCCAUGUCUCCGGUGAGAACUGGGCUGUCAAGCGACCCCGUCCAGCUUCCGACACAAUCGCCCGUUCUGGAAGCCAGGGACCCGAGUCCAGAGCCUGUAGUUGCCGACCCAACCUUAGAUGACACAGUCAACGAACCAGUGCCGACCAAGAUCGAGAUCGAAGCGAUCCAGGAAGCGGCAACGCCGUCAAAGGCCGCGCCAAACAAGUCGACUAGCAGUUUAAAAGCGCCCAAACGAGAUGCGAGCAGGUCCAAAUCCCCCAAGUCACGGCCAUCGCUGGGUCCGGCCUUCGCGCCCGCAGAUGGUAAAAGUGCCAGUGAACCCCAGCGAGCGACUUCAAGCUCCUCGACCGCUCUUCGUCAGCAGAUAGCAGCCGCCAAGGCCGCAGCAAGGAAAGAGAAGCUAAAGCAUGAUUCUCCACAAGACAGCACAGCCAGCGCCGUUCCGUCGUUUGACAUCCAGCUACACACAAAUCCGUUCAAUGAUGCUCCACGCGACGAGAAGCACAUUCUUCGGAAUCGCAUCAACACAGCUCGUGUCGACGGAAAGCUCAAUAUUGCUGCAAUGAACUUGCGGAAAAUUCCGGAUGAGGUGCUGAAGAUGUACGACGCCAAGGCCAUGGAGGAGUGCAACGUGAACUGGGCCGAAGUGGUGGAUCUCACACGCCUCAUCGCUGCUGAUAACGAGCUCGACGAGCUUGAUGAGACCGUGUUUCCGGACCGAUCGCCUCAAGACGUGGACGCCGACGGCUGUGCUGAAGGAAAUCAGUUUGGAGGUCUGGAAUUCAUCGACCUGCACGGCAAUCUGCUGACCGUCCUUCCCAUGGGCCUACGGCGAUUGGAGAGACUUACAAGUCUCAAUCUCGCGCACAACAAACUCGACAAUGCGGCUUUUGAUGUUCUGGCGGAGAUACAGUCUUUGAAGGAUUUGAGGUUGGGCAACAAUUCGCUUUCUGGUAACCUGCCGACCUCAAUUUGUGCUCUGCCACAUCUUGAGACCUUGGACUUGCAAUCAAACAGACUGCUUGGUCUGCCCGAAGCGAUGCGUGAGCUCGUGAAUCUGAGGGUUUUGAAUGUCUCUGGCAAUCAGCUAACAACCCUUCCGAUGGAUUCGCUCGAAGGGCUUCCCUUGGUCGAGCUUGAUGCUAGCAGCAAUCUCCUCAUUGCAUCACUCUUUCCCCUAGGAGGUGCUAAUGGUCAUCCGAGCCUCCAGGUCAUGAAUGUGGCCAACAAUUCUUUGGCAGCCCUCACAUUCCUCGAGUCGCUACACCUCCCUCACCUACGAUCUUUGAAUGUUUCGAACAAUCACCUCACCGUACUUCCGUCCGUAGCAGGGUGGACAGAGCUCAUCACGCUCGCGGUUGGCGAUAACAAAAUUGCGCAGUUUCCGGAGGGUUUCACCAAGCUACAGAAGUUGCGGAUCGUCAAUUUUGCAAGCAAUGAGUUGCGCUUGGUAGACCCUGAUGUCACCAGAAUGUCCAGUCUCGAGACGCUCAUACUUGCUGCGAAUCCCUUGCGUGAGAAGAAGUUCCUUUCGAUGAGCGCUGGGGACAUCAAACGUGAACUUCGAGCCCGUAUGACACCCUCUAGUGCCUUCGAAAACGGAGAUGGCGAUGACGUGCCGGACAGCCCUGUCACAGUCAUCGGCGCCGGCGACCAUAUGGAUGAGAAUGCCACUUCAAGCUGGCAAAUGAAAGCUAAUGGUGUUCUUGAGCUUGUCGCCAAGAAUCUUGGGGAUGACUUUGAUGACCUCCUCGCCUCGUAUUUCCAGGCCAAUGAGGUUCGCGAUCUAGUGUUGCAGAGCAACAAGUUGACUUGCAUCCCACCAGCAAUGAGCUUCGGCCAGGACCUGAGAUCACUCGAUCUGACCGACAAUCCCUUUAGCGGUGCUGACUAUCUCGAUGAUGUCGUGGACCUGCCGUUCCUCCAGGAACUCAGCCUUUCCAAAUGCCGAUUAUUAUCGCUCGACCCACUUCUCGCACAACUCCGCGCGCCGCACCUGCGCAGCCUCAACGUCUGCGCCAAUCGCCUCACCGGCGCUGUACCGCUGCUUCGCAUCGCAUACCCCAAACUCAGCACGUUCCUCGCCAGCGACAACAAAUUCGAGAUGGUCUCGGCUGACGCGCUCCGAGGCCUGGCGAAUGUCAACCUUGCCAGCAAUAACAUCGCCCAAUUGCCUGCCGAGCUGGGUCUGCUCUGGGAUGAAGGUUUGAGGCAUCUCGAUGUCGGGAGCAAUUCUUUCCGCGUGCCGAAUUAUCGGAUCCUCGAGAGAGGCACGGAGGCCACGCUGCGGUGGUUGAGGAAUAAAUUGCCGGCGAGCGCUGGGAGUAUGUCGGAAUUAGAUUGAGGUGACAGUACUUGAUUGAGCCGCAGUCCCAAAAGUUCGAUGUGUGUCUUGUCACAAUUCCAGUGGCAGCAUAAGUUACAGAACCAGGGCGAAAGGAACAUCCAGGACAGCCAAAUGGGCGUUCGAAUGAGCGGAGUGCUGCCUUUCCAAUUGUGAAGCAUGUGAACAUGACAGAGUGAACAUAG